AACAGUUUGUUAUAGUUUAGGUUAGGACUAUGGCAACUUUUUUUAGGCUUAAUAAUUAUAGCACAAAAUUGUUACAGGUGAAAACAUUAAAAGUUAACAAAAACUAUAGUCACUUAAGUAAGAAAUAUGAUAAAUAUAAAUGUACCAAUGUUCUUAUCGUAUAUUGCCAAGAAUCACAUACAAAUGCAAAUGGGGAGUCUAAGAGCCCAAAAAACGCUGGAAUUCUGGCAAAAGUAUUUAAGCGUAUUACCAUUCCUCUUGUUAAAAAUCAGCCAUCUAGAGGAUGUUUUCAUCCAGGUGCCUCUGUUCUGACCAGAGAAACCCUUCCAAUUGAUGGAAAACCAGUUACAGGAAUUCAAAUGAUACAUGCUAUGUUACAAUAUAUUUGGCCAAAAGAUAAUAAGGCAAUUAGAGAUAGAGUGACAUUGGCAGUGGGCCUAUUGAUAGGCGCAAAGCUGAUGAAUGUAGCUGUGCCAUUUGUUUUCAAAUAUUCGAUUGACUAUUUGAAUGCUGCGAAUACACUCAAUAUGAACUCUGCACCUGCCACUGUUGCUACAGUUGCUACAAGCAUGUUGCUUGGAUAUGGUAUUGCCAGAGCUGGAGCCGCUGGUUUCAAUGAACUUCGUAAUGCAGUGUUUGCCAAAGUUGCCCAACAUUCUAUUCGUAAAAUUGCCAAGAACGUGUUUAUCCAUUUGCACAAUUUAGAUUUGGCAUUUCACUUAGGACGACAGACAGGUGCUUUAUCGAAAACUAUUGACAGAGGUUCUAGAGGAAUAAAUUUUGUUCUGACAGCUAUGGUGUUCAACAUAGUCCCAACUGUUUUUGAGCUGGCUUUAGUUUCUUCGAUAUUAGGAAUCCAAUGUGGAGCCGCAUUCGCUGGUAUAUCUAUGGGUUGUGUUGGAGUAUAUGCUGCGUAUACUUUGGGUAUUACUCAAUGGAGAACAAAGUUCAGAGUCUUCAUGAAUAAAGCAGAAAACGAAGCGGGAAACAAAGCUAUUGAUUCUCUUAUCAAUUAUGAAACAGUAAAGUAUUUCAAUAACGAAAAGUUUGAAGCUGACAGAUACAACAAUGUUUUGAAAAAAUAUGAACAAGCAAGUUUGAAGACGAGUACCAGCUUGGCUCUUUUGAAUUUUGGACAGAACGCUAUUUUUAGCGUUUCCCUAAGUGCUAUUAUGGUACUGGCUGCCCAAGAGAUUCUUAAAGGAAAUAUGACUGUUGGUGAUCUGGUGAUGGUAAAUGGAUUACUUUUUCAACUAUCGAUACCCUUGGGAUUUUUGGGUAGUGUAUAUAGAGAAGUUAGGCAGGCUCUAAUUGAUAUGCAAACUAUGUUCACCCUUAUGUCUAAAGAUCCCGCUAUUAAGAGCAAAGAGCUGGCCCCUUUCCUUCAUGUUGAUGUAAACUCUUCGGACAUCAAAUUUGAGAAUGUAUGCUUUAGUUAUGGACCAGGAAAAGAUAUUUUCAAAGAUUUAUCAUUCUCAAUUUCACCUGGGCAGAAAGUUGCCAUUAUUGGGGGAUCUGGUAGUGGAAAAACAACUAUCGUCAGACUGCUGUAUAGAUUUUUCGAGCCUUCAUCUGGAAGAAUUCUGAUAGGUAAUCAGGAUAUAAGAGACGUUGAUUUGGAGAGUCUGAGAAGAUCCAUUUCAAUAGUUCCUCAAGAUUCAGUUUUAUUUCACGAUACAAUUAUGCAUAAUUUACAUUAUGGCGAUCUUAGCGCAUCUGAAGAUAGAAUUAUAGAAGCUGCUAAAAUGGCAGAAAUACAUGAAAUUAUUCAGAGUUGGCCGAAGGGUUAUGAAACGCAAGUAGGAGAAAGAGGACUCAAAUUGUCUGGAGGUGAAAAGCAAAGAGUCGCAAUAGCUAGGGCUAUUUUGAAAAAUUCACCCAUACUUAUUUUCGAUGAAGCUACUAGUGCAUUGGAUUCUAUCACUGAAAGGAAUAUAUUGAAAGCUUUGAGAAGAGCAACUCAAGGUAGAACAAGUAUUUGUAUAGCACACAGGUUGAGCACUAUAAUGGAUGCAGAUGAAAUCCUUGUGAUUCAAGGAGGAAAGGUUGUCGAACGUGGAAGUCAUUCAAAUCUCAUUCGACUUCCGCAAAGCUUAUAUUCAAAACUAUGGAAAGUUCAGAAUAUACAAGAAGCUGCUGCCAUAUAAUGGGGGGAAAUAGAUAAUUGGUGUAAAUAUGUAUUUUAUUUGAUGUACAUUAAAACUUUGUACAUAUAUAUGUAUAAUAUUCUGUAUAUGUAUUAAAUAUAUGCAAUAGGG